AUGACAAGAAUCUCUGAUCUUUCACAAGAUUUGAUAGAAGAGAUACUCUCUAGGGUUCCGUUAACGUCUCAGCGAGCGGUGCAAUCCACUUGCAAACAAUGGAACGCUUUAUAUAAAGAUGAAAGUUUUACAAAGAAGCACCUUGGUAAACAAGCUAACAAUGAUAUGGUGAUCAUGGUGCGUGAUUCUAGGGUUUGUUUAGUGAGCCUCGAUCUCCAGGGAGUCUUUAAGAAAAGACAAAGCUUAGUUGAGCUAUCCAAAAAGCUAAUAGGUCAACUUAACCAUAUCACGGUAUCUGAUGUCUAUCAUUGUGAUGGCUUAUUGUUUUGCCUUUCCAAAAACGAUAUCCCCUUGGUGUGGAACCCGUAUUCGGGACAAGUAAGGUGGAUCAAACCCAGAAGAAAAUUAAUCACCUCGGAUAGCUAUAGGUAUUGUAUGGGAUACGACAACAAGAACAACCACAAAAUCUUGAGGUUGUUGCAUAGUUGCAGUACUGUUCAGUAUGAAAUAUACGAUUUUAAAUCUGAUUCAUGGAGGGUUCUUCAUCUCACUCCUGACUGGAUUAUACCAUAUAAGAGUCAGGGAGGCUUGUCUUUGAAAGGAAAUACUUACUUUGUCACUCAGAGAGUGAAAAAAGUAGAGAUGAGAGAAUCUUUAAUCUGUUUUGAUUUUACAAGUGAGAGAUUUAGACAUUGUCUUGAUCUGGAACUUAACUACCGUAAUGGAGACUCUGUCAUUCUAUCUGCUGUUAGAGAAGACCAGCUUGCAGUGUUAUUUCACCGCGUAUAUACAUAUGAGAUUGAGAUACGGAUUACAACAAAGAUUGAGGAGGCCAAUGAGGUGACAUGGAGAACUUUCUUAAAAGUUGAUGUGAAGCCGUUCGGGUUCAGUGGAAAGUUUUGGACGUUUAUUCGGUAUGGGAGUUUCUACGUCGACGAGAAAAAGAAAGUGGCAUUGAUUUGUGAUAAUCCCUUCAGCAAAGCUUACGUGAUUGGAGACGAUAAUUACUUCAAGGUAGUGGCUCUCGGGGAAUCUCCACUUUGGCAACAUGAGUGCUCUUAUGUUCCUAGUUCGGUGCAGAUUCAGAAAGCUCAAGUACAUGCAGGAGGCAAAAGGAAAGUGCGGGAUUAUUAG